AUGAUUCUCUCUCCUUCUCCUUUUUUGGCUCAGUUCGUUUUCCUCACCUACGUGCUGGGAGUGGCCUGGCUCGGCGUGUUCGGUUUCUCUGCGGUGCCCGUGUUCAUGUUCUACAACAUCUGGUCGACCUGUGAAGUCAUCAAGUCACCCCAGACCAACGGCACCGCCAGUGUGGAGCAGAUCUGCGUGGAUAUCCGGCAAUACGGGAUCAUCCCUUGGAAUGCCUUCCCCGGGAAAAUCUGUGGCUCUGCCCUGGAGAACAUCUGCAACACCAACGAGUUCUACGUGUCCUAUCACCUGUUCAUCGUCGCCUGCGCGGGAGCUGGGGCCACCGUCAUCGCCCUGAUCCACUUCCUCAUGAUACUGUCCUCUAACUGGGCUUACUUAAAGGACGCCAGCAAAAUGCAGGCUUACCAGGAUAUCAAAGCAAAGGAAGAGCAGGAGCUGCAGGAUAUCCAGGCUCGGUCAAAAGAACAACUCAAUUCUUACACAUAAACGUUUGCCAGAGUGUUACCGCCGCCAAAGUGACAGCUCUGCCAAAUCCGCAGACAGCGGCUCUGCCGUCCAGACGUGCCCCCCCCCCCCCCCCCCCCCCCCCCCCCCCCCCCCCCCCCCCCCCCCCCCCCCCCCCCCCCCCCCCCCCCCCCCCCCCCCCCACAUAGAGGUACAAACCCUUCACUGUCUGUCUCCACCUGCUGGCAGGGAGUUCUAGGAACACCUUCCAGGAGGGCCAUCUUUUUCCUUAGAGCAGAUACCAGAGGCUUCACAUGAGCCAUUUUAAAGGGCAACACUUUUGACAAAACGAUUGUUCAGCUCUCUGAGACUUGGGACCUGUUCACACUUAGCAGUAGAGCGAGCCUGCCGCGGAGGCCAUGGGCGUAUGGCAUACUGCUUGAGCGGGACCGCCGAGGCGCCGGCACGAAGCGAUGGGACCGAACAUGGACGUAUGCCAUCUGUCCGCGGACCUACCUAUGGAGGGCCUCAAGGGCAGUGGGUGUCAACUUCCAGUUCUGACAGCUGACAUUUAUGAAACUUUGGCCCCAAGAUCAUGCGAGUCUUACUAAUUGACCUUUUUUUUUUUAAUUAGCUGCCUUCCAGGACACGUUUGUCUCCUGAUCCAAUCAGAAUCUUUUUUUCACUAAUGCUAAUGCUCUGAUUUGGCUCUACCUGCCCUUGAAGAAGCUGGAUUGUGGCGCAUGGACGCUUUCCAAAGUCCAUUUGAAAAUAGCGUUCCUUUAAUCCACCGGCCCAGUUCUCGGUGUUGUUCCUUAGAAAUAAAUGUCAGCUCUGCCUUAAUGCGUAUCUGUUUUAAAUUUCUAAGAGCUUAUUUGACACCAGGAGACCCCCAAAUCCCUCAUAGACCUCGGUUCCACAAAUGUUUUUCUUAAGAAGUGUUACCUUAUUAAAAUGACCACCGUUCUAAACCAUUUUUAGUGGUCUGAAUAGCAAGUUUACAGUUUCAUACCAACUAAGACCGAAUCACAAAUAGACCACAGGCCUCCUACUUUUCUAGACUUGAAUACUUCAGUAGUUUAAAUUAGAGUUGGUAUUUAGUUCCUUUUUGAAAUCUAAAUCUUUCCUGGAAUAAUACAAGUUCGAUGUUCAGCGAAAAAGCGAAAAAAAGAAAAAAAAAAAAAAAAACACCCCACCUUCUUGAGUUUAAGCCAUUUUCAAAAGAAACUUGCCUUCUCCAUCAUUCUGUUCCAGAACAUUCCGUGAUUAGAGGUAUUGGGUAUUCGUGCUGGUAAACUUUGUGUUGCUCUUUAUGAAAUGAUACCUAUAACCGUUGGGUGCAUCUGUGCUUUUAAAAGGGGCUGCAUAAUAUAGGAUUAACUCUGUAUAUUCAUGUUAAGAAUUAACUUGUGGUUUGGCUGUUUCCUGGAUUUGCAAACCUACACGUGUGCAGAAAUGUCUUAAGAUGAAAGGAAGCAUACCUGGAUCAAGAUGCUAUUAAAGUUGAACAUCAAGGAUAAGAUUUCAUUUGGAUUCUCUGUGUUGUUGUUGUUGUUCAUGCCUAAAAAUGCCUAUUUGGAUCUUGACGCCUUUCUUUCUUUGUUGACUUGGGAGACGCUCUCUUCUGCGUACAACAGUCGUUCUGGGAUAGCUUGUUUUGUUUUCCUGUUGCAUGACGGACUUCGAUAUUUUUUCCAGCAGUGGAGGUGCUGGUAGAGUCCCGUGUUCUAGAAGAGGCAGUGUCUGAAGCCUAAUUUUACUUUUCUAACUCUGGUAGCUACUACCAGGAACUUUUGAAAGUUUUGUUGAAGUAGUCUAAUAUUUUUUAUGUAAAGAGCAUUAAAUUUUGCUAUGUAUACAUUUUUGUAACCUAACAGUGAAUCAAUAUUUUCUAUCCGUGCCAAGGGCUUCCUGUAGUUCUAUUCAAGUGUUACAAUAAAUAUUUGUAGAUAAUAGUCAGUACUUGUGUAUGCUUAUUUUAAAGAUCUAUUUAGGUGGAAAUAGUUGUCGAUGUACUAAGAGUAAUGCAAUAAAAGUAUAGCUUCACUCA